UUGUCUUUUGGCGUUUAUUAUUAUCGCCGCCGGGGACAGUGAAAGAGAAGUGCUUUGAUCUCUCUUCUCCUCAAUCUUUAACGGAGAUUUCUGCUAGGGUUUUGGGUCUUCGUUGAGAGAUCGAAGAUCAUAGGGGGGAGUGAUUGCGAUUUCUCUCUGUCUCUCUUAAUAGGAUGGCAUCAGAGGAUGUGAAAAGCACGGAAUCGGCAGCUGUUUCGACGAUCGUAAACCUGGCGGAGGAAGCGAAGUUGGCGAGAGAAGGAGUCAAAGCUCCGAGCUAUGCUGUCCUCAGCAUCUGCAAGUCUCUUUUCGCCGGUGGCGUCGCUGGUGGAGUGUCACGAACUGCAGUUGCACCUCUGGAAAGGAUGAAGAUAUUGCUUCAGGUCCAAAAUCCACAUAACAUAAAGUAUAGUGGGACAGUCCAAGGGUUGAAGUAUAUUUGGAGAACCGAAGGCCUUCGUGGUUUGUUCAAAGGAAAUGGCACCAACUGUGCUCGUAUUGUUCCUAACUCCGCUGUCAAAUUUUUCAGCUAUGAGCAAGCUUCUAAGGGUAUACUGUACAUGUAUCGCCAGCAGACAGGGAAUGAGAAUGCGCAACUCACUCCUGUUUUACGGCUUGGAGCUGGUGCAACUGCUGGAAUAAUAGCCAUGUCUGCAACAUACCCGAUGGAUAUGGUUCGUGGAAGGCUAACUGUCCAGACUGCAAACUCUCCUUAUCAAUAUAGAGGAAUUGCUCAUGCUUUGUCAACUGUCCUGCGAGAGGAAGGUCCACGGGCCUUGUACCGUGGCUGGCUUCCAUCAGUCAUUGGAGUUGUUCCAUAUGUGGGUUUGAACUUUGCGGUCUAUGAGUCUCUAAAGGACUGGCUAGUCAAAGACAAUCCGUUCGGACUAGUGGAGAACAACGAGCUGACCAUUAUAACGAGACUCUCAUGUGGUGCUAUAGCUGGAACUGUUGGUCAAACCAUUGCUUAUCCGCUCGAUGUGAUUCGUAGGAGAAUGCAAAUGGUUGGAUGGAAAGAUGCUUCCUCUGUUGUUACAGGCGAGGGGAGAAGCAAGCUUGAAUACAACGGUAUGGUUGAUGCAUUUAGGAAGACAGUUCGUCAUGAAGGCUUUGGAGCUUUGUACAAGGGUUUGGUCCCCAACUCAGUGAAGGUUGUACCAUCAAUUGCGAUUGCAUUUGUGACAUAUGAGAUGGUGAAAGACGUUUUAGGAGUGGAGUUUAGGAUAUCAGACUGAGUCCAUUUGAUGAUAUCUUCAAGAAGAGAGAGGGAGAGAGAGGACACUUCUAUUUUUGUAGCCAGAGGAGACAGAAGAGAAGUACAACAUUUUAGGGUCUUUUAUUUGAUCUCCUUUCAGCAUCCAUGGAAGAGAUAAAAGGCUAUAGAGCUUUAGCCAAACUUCUAUUUUUUUUUCUUUCUACUUAUAGGUUGAGUUUUCUUCUGAAUCAAAAUAAGCCAAGAGGCCAACUAUAUCAAACCUAUUUGGUACUGGAGCUUGUGUGUUUUACAAGUUUUUGUUGGGUCUUUUGGUAUUAAGUUAUUAUUAUUGUUAUCACUCUUAUUGGUACUUUGUGGAUUAGUUUGAAUAAUUAUGCUAUUUAUGUAGUUUUCUUACUGAGUU